AUGUCCUCUCUCCUUCGCCUCUCCAGCGCUCUCCGUACCCUCCGUACCCCUGCCACUAAACCCCCCUCCUUCUUCUCCCCCUCCCGCCCAUCACCUUCCACCCUCAACCUCCCCCGUCCCCGCCACUACUCCCGCCGCAACUACCUUCCCUCCCACGACUCCCAAGUCUCCGCCAACACCAAAGUCCUCUAUACCCUCAUGGGCACCAACAUCGCCGUCUUCAGCUACGCCAUGUACCUCCAACAACAAGCUGCGCAAGGUUUCCCGGGCCCCUGGCACCGCUUCCUCCGAACCUUCACGCUCAACUACUCCGAGUUCAAAAACGGAAAUUACAUCCCUGUUCUCCUGGCAAAUUUCACGCAUAUAAAUGCCUGGCACCUCUUCUCCAACCUCUUCACGUUUUACUUUCUCGGUCAGUUCCUCGCGUCUGCGGCCCCGCUUAUUACGCCAGCGAGGUUUUUGACAGUGGCAAUCGGAUCGGGGCUUUCGGGGAGCCUGGGGUACUUGGUUUCGCGGUAUUAUAGGAUGCGGGAUCAGAGCCCCCGCGCGCGGGAUACGGUGAGGGGAAUGGGGUUUUCGGGCGUCGUCAUGGGGGUGAGUAGUGUGGCGGCUUGCUUGGCGCCGCAUGCCAAAGUACUGAUUUAUGGGAUUGUGCCGGUGCCGCUUUGGGGAUUGGUGGCGGGUUAUGCGGUGUAUGAUGGGUAUUUUGUAAACAGUUCGAAUACGACGAUUGCGCAUGGCGGGCAUUUGGGGGGUUUGGCAUUUGGGCUUUUGUAUUAUUUUGCGAAGCUGAGAGGGAUAAGGUUUUGA